CGAAUCUGUUUAGGCCAAACCCAAACCUGUUUAUGGCGGGUCGAACACGGAUCGGGUUGGCGAGUCGGAUCAUAUUUUGUCACCCCUAGCCAAGGGCCGCCGGCUAGGGCUCCCUUGCGAUCGUCCUCCGAUUUGAAAUGGAAGACGAGAUGAACCUCGGCAAGGGGAGAUGCCUCCACCUCGUAUUGGAGCUUCCCCCUCACCUUCAUUUCUCAAGCAAUCUAGUUGGCCGGGACCCUCUGUCCCAGGCUUCGAGUGACGAAUGCCAACUUCUCCUGCGCCUUCUCUUGAGGCUUCGAUCCGUUCCUCCAGCCGCUCAAGAAUAUCCAUAAAAUACCUCCGGAGGUUCUCCAACUCCCCGUCGGAGAUCAUGUGGCUUGUCCACCACACCUGCCUCAGCCGGCUUUGCGCCGCCUUGAGUCCUGGGUUCCCAUCGCUUGUUGUAGGCGGCGUACGGCUCCCGCUGCCGGAGGAGCAACCCGUUGUAUCACCACCCCGAUCCCCCAUUCGUCAAUUGCAUAGAAGGUGUUCGAUGGAGUGUCCAAAAAAAAAAAAAAGGAAGCACGAAGAUCAAAGCAACUGUUCAUACACGGCGCGUACACUACUCUUCGAACCCUGUGUUAGAUUCUCCACUGCUUAAAAAGUAGCCGUUGUAGUCCCCGCGGUAACCCAAGCCAGCCUCACCACGGUGGCCCUUUACAUAAGUUCCCAUGGUGGGAGCCUCUCCUCCCCUGGUAAUGGCUAGUAAUCCCAUGCUCAAAUUUAGAUUUUUACGCCUCUCCCUCCAGCCUCAUGAAGCCAGAAAUCUCUUCUUUUCCUCUUCCUUUGCUGUGGCGGCGACACCCAUAGUUUUAGACUCCGUCUUAGAGCAACAAAGGUUCAUCUCAUAUCCUGAAGCUGGAAUCCCGGAAACCCACUUCUUCCCCCAUUUCCCUUGAUCCCAGGUCCUGUAUGUCAGUCCUGGUGCAAUAACGGAACUCGUCCCAACUCAUCCCAGUUCAAACAAACUCGUAUGCAUCUAUGCGCAGCAUGCCGUUGGCCGAUGCGCAUGCUCUUUUGCCGGAUGCAAGAGUGGGAAAAUGUGUCAUCCAGUGCGAUGGUUAGUGGGUUUGUGAAGACUGGAAAUUACGAGAAUUGUUUGAGAAUUUUUGAGGGAGGACAUUCGUUCUGGCUCUCGGAUUCGUAGCUACAAAUUUACCUUUUGCUUUCAGUGUUAUAGAUGCAAUACCAAUCCAAUUAGGUAUGGAAAUCCACUAUCUUGUUUGGAAGUCUGGGUUGUUGGCGGCGCUAGUUGACUUGUAUGCUUGAUGCGGCAUGUUGAAGAUGCUUGCAAGGUGUUUGAUAAGAUGUCGAAUAAGGAUAUGGUGACUUGGACUUUCAUGAUUUCUGGGUGUGCUUAGUAAGGGAACCCUGAGGAGUCUCUAACCUUUCUUGAUAGAAUAAAGGAAGAAGGCAUUGCUCCUGAUAAGGUCACCAUGGUGACCAUUGCUUUUGCUUUUGUACAAGCUUGGGAACAUGAUAAGGCUAUAAGAUGGACCAUGAUUACAUAUCGAGGAAGAAAAUCUCAUUUCAUGUGAUUUUGGGGAUGGCGAUAAUUGAUAUGCAGCUCAACUCAACUAAGCCUUAACCAUAAACUAGUUUAGGUUGGCUACAUGAAUCCUUUCCUCCAUUCCUCUCCAUUUAGGACUACACUUUUUGAAACAUACGGAACAUCCUACAUAAUUUUUGGUCUACCUCUACCUCUCUUUCCUUCUACUUAUAUGAAAUCACUCCUUCGUACUGGUGCAUCCCUCAGUCUACAUCGUACAUGUCCAAACCAUCUAAGUUGACCUUAUCAAAAUUUAUCCUUAAUUGAUGCUACCUCUAUUUUUUAUGAAUGACUUAAUUUCUUAUUCUAUCUUUUCAUGUAUUAUCACACAUUCAUCUUAAUAUUCUCAUUUCGGCCACAUUCAUUAUGUGCAUAUAUUGUUUUUUAACUACCCAAUAUUAUGUACUAUAAAGCAUAGCUGGUCGUAUAUGUAUCCUAUAAAAUUUUCUUUCCAACUUGGUAGGUAUCCCACAAUCACAUGAUAUCCUAGUUGUACUUUUUCAUUUAUCCACCCUGCUUUAAUCCUAUGGAUAUCAUUCUUUUCAAUCUCUGAUUCCUUAUGAAUAAUCAUUUUUAAAUACCAAAAAUUAUCACAGAACUUCAUGAUCAUCAUUUUUCACUCCAUCUUUAUCUCUAUUUCUUACUAAAACCAUAUUCCAUAUAUUCCAUCUUGGAGCAUAGAUGAUUGAUAUGUAUGCCAAAUGUGACAGCACAGAUGCUGCCAGGGAGAUCUUUAAUCAGAUGAAGGAAAACAAUGUCAUUUCCUCAGCUUAUAGAAUUCCUGUGCAUGGCAAAACAGCUCCGGAGUUGUUCUCUUCAGAUGUUGCAGAGUGGAAUGCAACCAAAUGGAAUUACCUUCUUUUCCAUCUUGUCUGCUUGUAGUCAUGCAAGUUUGGUUGAUGAAGGUUGGUAGUUGUUCCAUGCAAUGGAGAGAGAUGACUCGAUUGAACUUGAUGCAAAGCACUACACUUGCAUGGUGGUUCUUCUUGGCUGAGCAGGAAGACUUGAUGUUGCAAUGGAAUUGUCCAAGAGGAUGACAUUUUAGAAAGAUGAGAGCUUUUGAGGGUCUUUGUUAGGUUCUUGUAGGAUCCAUGGGAGUAUAAAGUUGGCAGAGAAGGCUGAAAAAAGCCUUCUUGAACUGGACCUAAGUACUUUUGAGAAUUAUGUUUUGCUUUCUAAUAUAUGUGCCAAUGCAUGUAGGUGGGAAGAUGUGGCCAAGGUGACACAUUUGAUGUCCAGCAGGAGAUUGAAGAAGGCACCUGGUUGGACAUGGAUUGAGAGUAACAACUAGACACAUCAGUUUAGGGUGGGUGACAAGAGCUAUACAUAAUUAAAGGAGAUCUAUGAAAUGUUGAAGGUCCUGAGUGAGAAGUUGGAGUUGGCUAGCUAUGCUCCUGAUACUAAUUUUGUGCUGCAUGAUGUGGAUGAGGAACUUAAACCAGGGUUCUUAUACAAUCACAGCAAGAAGCUGGCAAUUGUGGUUGGUCUAAUUGCAACAACUGUGAAUCAGGAUAACUAGGAAUCUUAGAGUAUGUGGGGACUGCCACACCUUUACUAAGAUGGUAUCGGCUAUUGUACAGAGGGGAUGCAAACAGAUUUCACCACUUUAAAGAAGGGCCCUAUUCUUGUGGGGGCUUUGGUGAUAAACUGCAUUUGCAAUGAGGUCCCUUCUUUGGUCAUAAGUUCACAUGAAGCCAUAGGAGGAAUGACAAACUGGCAUAGUUAUUUCCUUCAGGCGGCCACAAGGUUAACAACAUGGCCGUGCCAUGGAUGAGGCUUACAAAUCUGUCCACCCAAGCAUAUAUAAAUACAUGGGUUGCGCAAAGCUCUGGAGAACAUGCCCAACGCAACACCACAUCCAAUAGCCCAGAAGAACUUUAAGUUGGGAACCAUGGCCCUGAAUGCUCUCAGCCAUGUCUUGUUCCUCCUACUGCUCGCCUUUGCCAUGUCUCAUGUGGCCUCUGCAGGUGAUCCUGACAUCACCUCAGACUUUGUCCUACCACCAAACGCCACUGUUGUUGAUGGCAGCUUCUUUACCUUCACCGGAUUGCGCAUGGCCGUCAAUGCAGCGCCGCCAAAAGCCUUCACUGCCUUCAAAGCUACAAUGGCAGAAUUCCCAGCUCUCAAUGGGCAGAGUGUCUCUUAUGCUAUACUGAUGUUCCCUGCUGGUACUGUCAAUCCCCCUCACACUCAUCCCCGUGCUGCGGAGCUCCUAUUCCUUGUCGAUGGCUUUCUUGAAGUCGGGUUUGUGGACACUACAAACAAGCUAUAUACUCAGAGACUCCAACCAGGGGACAUGUUUGUAUUCCCCAAGGGACUUGUUCACUUCCAGUAUUGCAGCAGUCAAGGCCCAGCGGUUGCAAUUUCUGCAUUUGGCAGUGCGAGCGCUGGGACUGUAUCGGUUCCUGGAAGUGUCUUUACAACAGGAAUUGAUGAUGACAUCCUUGCAAAAUCCUUCAAGACUGAUGUCGCCACCAUUCAGAUGAUCAAGUCUGGUCUUGCACCGAAGGCCUAAACUUGAAGCUCUUUUGUGAUCUCAAUCAUCUUACAUUGCAAGUUCCUUUAAUCAGCUGUCCUACCACCUUUCCUAGGAAAAUGUUGCCUUUGAAUUGUUUUUGUGGAGAGCAUUGACAUCCAUGUCUGUCACCGACUUAUUCAUUAAUAAAUUGUUUUCUACGAUUAAAUUA